AGAACUCAACUGGCUGAAGCUGAAAGGUGUGUAUGGUAGAUCCUAAACUUAAGAGCUGUUCUGUUACGACUUUGGUGUAAUUGGAGGAUCUGGUUGAAUACACCAAGGUGGUAUCUGAGCUCUAGUUUAAACAUCUAAAGAUUUUUCCAUGUUUCAGGUUCUCAAAACCUUCCUGGAUCCAGUUUUUGAUGGUACCCAAGAUCAAAAUGGCAUUUCUCGUCGUCCUUGCCUGUUUGUGCUUUUUCACUCCUACCCAUCAAUCACCACCUCCAAAUGCGGCCAUCUUGGAGCUCUCCUACGAAAACACAGACUUUGCCAUGAACCUCUACAGAAAACUGGCCAAUUACAACGAUAAAAACAUCUUUUUCUCACCUCUAAGCGUCUCUACGACCUUUGCUUCUCUCUUAAUGGCCUCUGGUGGCAUCACUCGAGAAGAGAUCCUAAGGGGGCUGGACCUGAACCAGCUGGAGACCAACCAGACGGAACAUAUCCCAAAACUAUUUCAGCUCCUCCAAGAGAACAUUGCCCAGAACGGAUCUUUGAAACUGGAACAAAGCAUGGCCCUUUUCAUCAGUCAGCAAUUCGAGGUGAAGAAGACGUUUGAGGACCGCUUGAAGACGUUUUUUCAAGCAGACAUCAGAACUGUAGAUUUUGCAGAGUCAACGAAGAGCAUCACUUUGAUAAAUGAAUACAUCAAACAGAAGACUGGAGGUAAAAUUGUUAAAAUGAUUUCCACUCUAGAUGAAACGACUCGACUCCUGCUAAUCAACAGUAUUUACUUCCAGGGAGCCUGGAAGAAUCCAUUCAACCCUAAUUUAACCGAGAGCGCCGCCUUUCACAUUGACAACUACAACGUCGUGCAAGUGUCCAUGAUGAUCAAGGAAGAGAGGUUCUUCGUAACUGAAGAUGUCCUCCUGGGAGCCAGGGUGCUGAAGCUGCCUUACCAGGAUGGUGUCUCCAUGCUUAUCCUGCUCCCCAACAAAAAUGUGGAUUACACUUCAAUUGAUGAGGAGAUCAGUGCUGAGAAGUUCUCCAGCUGGAUCGAAGGCCUGCGCAAAACAAAACUGGAAGUCCACGUGCCAAAAUUCAAGAUGGAGCAAGCCUACGCACUGCAGAACAUUCUCCCAGACAUGGGCAUGACCAGUCUCUUCAGCACUUCAGCAAAUCUGACGGGGAUCAGUGAGGGACAAGAUCUCAUGGUGUCAGAGGUGCUGCACAAAGCGGUGAUUGAGGUCGACGAGACGGGAACAACUGCUGCUGCUGCUACAACCGUCGGCAUCACUCCAUAUUCCCUACCAAGGAUGUUUAUCGUUGACCGGCCGUUCUUCUUCUUCAUAUACCACGAAGAGACCAAGUCCCUGCUUUUCAUGGGCAGGGUGAUUGACCCCACCAAAAACUAAUCGAACUGUCUGAACUCUGAAAAUGCUUGUUCAAGGGUUUUAAGAUCUUUAAAUCCCUCAAUUUCUGUUAAAUCUACAACUAAUUAAAAUAUUGAAAUGUG